AUGGCAGUUGAUGCAGUUGCCUCUGUGAUACUUCAGAAACUAAGGGAUUUGCUCUUAGAGGAGUCGUUUACUAACAACAGAGUGAUUGGGAGUCAGCUGAAGGAGAUGCAGGAGGCCCUGGAGAGCAUGAGGGGCUACUUCAUUGAUGCUGCUGACAAGGAGACCGACUUUGGAGACAUCAAGAAGUGGACUGAUGACUAUCUUCACCAUCUGUACGAUAAAAUCCAGAGGAGAAUUAAGAAGCUGGGCCAUCAGACCCCCGCCGGCCUUGAAGAUGCUAGCGCCAGAUCGAUGAGUUCCCAACUGAGCAACUUUAGCCUUGGUUGGUGGGUUGAUGUGAACGAUGCUGCUGAGAUGUACGAAGAAGAAAAUCACAGGGACGAAGAAGAAGAGGAGAAUGGGUUGGAUUUGAAUCCAUUUGGUGAUGUUGAUGAUCCGAGAAACAUCAGUUCUUCCAUAGUUAGUCCCACAUUGAGUCCAAGAAGAGAUGCUUCACUCAUUUGGGAGCGUUUGGAGCACUCGAGGCUUAUGUAUAACUAUUCAUAUGAUGAGGAAAAGCUAUCAAUUGUUGGAUUUGAACGCGAGGUGCCUGAACUACUGAAUAGGCUGACCAAAGAAGACGACUGUGACGAUCGAAUUAUCACAGUUGUAGGUGAAUUGGGCUCAGGCAAGACGAUGUUGGCUCGUGCUGUUUAUGGGAACAGAAUUGUGAAGAACUGGUUCAAGGGUUCUUGUGCUUGGGUAACCAUUUUUAAGGAUUCUACAACCAAAGACAUUCUGCUGAACUUGCUGAAGCAGGGGGAGAAAUCAAAAGAACAAGAUGGUAGAAACGAUGAGAAGUUUCUCAAAGAGAGGCUCCUGCUGGAGUUGACAGGUCAGAGGUACUUGAUUGUGCUGGAUGGUGUUCAGAGUUUAGAUCAAUGGAAAAGUCUUGAAGAUGUAUUUCCAGUUGAACAAAACGGAAGUAAGAUAAUCAUCACGACCUGCGACGACCAACUGGGACGCCUUGCUGAUUCAAAGAGACAGCCGCACUCUCUCAAGAAGCUGGACUAUGAAGAGAGCUGGGAUCUGUUCUUGAGAAAAGUGGGGUUAAAGGAAGGUCCUGAUAAUUCAACUCUAAAGGACAGAAUCAUUGAGGUGUGUAGGGGGCUUCCACUGAAUAUUGUUCUUCUUGGAAGUUUGUUGUCGACUAAGAAAGGCAAAGGCAUUAAGGAAUGGCCUUCAAUUCUUGACAACCAAGAGAACUGGUCUACGUCGGGCAUCUUGAUGUUCAGCUACAACGAUCUUGAUGCCCAUUUGAAACUCUGUCUGCUCUACAUGAUGCUAUUUCCCAAGGAAUUAGACAUUCCAGUCCGGAGGCUGCAACGCUUAUGGCUUGCUGAGGGGUUCGUGAAGAGACCAGAGAACAAUGACAUAUUUCAAGAAGAUGUGGUGCAAGGGUACUUUGACGACCUGGUUAAGCGCAGCUUGAUAUCCGUUUCUAAAUUGCGGUCUGAUGGAAGUCCUAGAAAGUGCCGUUUGCUAGGAGUUCUCCACGACUUGUUGUUAACCAAGGCCAGGGGUAUAAGCCUUUUCCAUAUCCAUCAAGGAUCAGUUUGCAACGAAGAUGGUCCAUUUGGCAAGCGUAGGCUCGUUGAGUAUGCAGAUGGCAACAACUGUUCGCUUACACCUUCUGAAUAUCAAUGUUUACGAUCUUACAUAUCAUUUAACUUCCAGAAAAAAGAUACUCCAGCAAAGGAUGUAGCGAAGCAGCUUAGCCACAUGAUAGGUAAGGGGUUGGGAUUGCUGAGGGUGCUUGAUCUUGAAGGAGUGUACAAGCCUAGUUUGCCUGACAAUCUGGGCAACUUGUUUCACUUGAGGUACUUGGGUCUGAGGUGGACUUUCUUGGACAAACUCCCCAAAUCUGUAGGUGAAUUGUCCUACCUUGAGACUUUAGACCUGAAGCACACAUACAUAAAUGGAAUCCCACCUUCCAUUUGGAAACUGAAGCAUCUUCGCCAUCUCAGUCUCAAUGAGAUUCAUCUUAACAAGGAUAUGCCCCUGCAUUCAGAUACUGGUUCCUUGCCUAAACUCCUGACUCUCUGGGGAUUAUCGGUUGAUCAAGAUAGCCCCAUCAAGAAUGGUCUAAGCAAGUUAACUGACCUUAGGGAGUUGGGCAUAACGUUCCGUUUAAGCGAGUGUGAUGAUAAAGAUAGCAAUGGUUUUAGCACUACACCUCAGUUUAUGCAAGAUUUGGUUGAUUGGAUUUCCAAGCUAACAAAUCUUCAAUCAUUGAGGCUGCGAUCUAAAGAUGACUCGGGCCGCCCUGCAGACCUCAGUUUGAAGCCAUUCUCAGGCUUGAACAAACUUUCUCACAUGAAUUUGCUGGGGAGGUUGGAGAAACUUCCUGAAAUAGAUCAUUUCCCUCCUAACAUCAAGGUUCUCACAUUAUCAGUCUCACAACUAGACGAGGAUCCCAUGCCGGUCCUAGGCCAGCUCCAGAGCUUAACCGUUCUAAGGCUUUUUGCUAACUCAUACCUUGGAGAGAAAAUCGUCUGCCCACGUGGGACUUUCGAAGGACUUGAGGUUCUGAAACUCUGGAUGCUCAAGGAUUUGAAGAAAUGGGAGUUGGAAGAAGGUGCAAUGAAGAAACUCAAAGAGCUCAACAUCAGAUGUUGUUCCAAGCUGGAAAACAUUCCCAGCAGGCUAUUGCAGCAGGGAACCUUCAAGGAUUUGAUCUUAACCAACAUGCCUGAAAAAUUCAAACAAACUUUCGAAAUGAAUAAUCCCCGUAAGGUGUCUAUUACUGUCAAGGAUUACAAAUUCACUCCACUUCCUUGGGAACAAGCUGAUGGAACUCGUACCGACUAAGCAAAUCGAGAAGCAUAAUAAGUCUACCAGAGCCCGAUAGUAACAGCUAUAGCAUCUUUCCGUUUUUAUAUAAUGUCUUCCUUGAUCAGUGUUUCCUGUAAUUGUAGCCUCCAGAGAAUAGAUUGUUGGAAUUUUUCAAUCUGUUUUUCAUAUUAGGCGCACUUUUUACCUCCAUUGGUUUACAUAAAGGCUACUUUGAGUACUGCAUCAAUCAUUUGUGUGUGAAUAAAGCUGCAGCAUCCUUUUGUGUAA